ACGCUUUAAGUGGAUGCGGCGGCGGCGGGAGAGGCAGAGGAGCGCGGAGGCGGCGCGGAGCUCCGGCCCGCAGGCGCGCAGGGCCCCGCCGUCGCCAUGCCCCACGCCGUGUCCCUGCGCGGCCCUUCGCCGUGGGGCUUCCGCCUGGUGGGCGGCAAGGACUUCAGCGCGCCGCUGACCAUCUCCAGGAUUAACCCUGGAAGUAAGGCAGCCAUGGCAAACCUAUGCCCAGGAGAUAUUAUUCUGUCAAUUAAUGGAGAGAGCACAGACAACAUGACACACCUAGAAGCACAAAACAAGAUCAAAGCAUGCAUGGACCAGCUACUUCUCUCUGUGAACAGAGCUGAAGGGAAGACCUGGUCACCUCCUGUUCUAGAAGAUGGAAAGGCACAAGCCUACCGGAUCAAUAUAGAGCCAGAACCACAGGAUAACGGACCUGCACAGAACAAAAAGCCGAUUCCCUCUGUCGGUGGAGGGACCCCGGUGGAUACCAAACAGAUGCUGAAUUUGCAAUACAAUAAUCCGACCCGACUCUACGCAAACAACAACACUGACUCGAGUUUGCCGCUCCAGAUGAGUGGGCUCCACAUUGCUUCUUCCCAAAGCAUUGACUCCUUAAAGUCUCUCCCGAGAAACCGAAAUGGGAUUGAUGUGGAGUCAGAUGUCUACAAGAUGCUUCAGGAUUAUGAAAAGCCAGUUUCGGAGCCUAAACAGUCUGGAUCGUUCCGAUAUUUGCAGGGCAUGUUGGAAGCUGGAGAGAAUGGUGAAAAACUCGACAGACUGAGCAACCCCCGAAACAUCAAGCCUCCAGUACCAAAACUUGGUGGUGCCAUGUCCGGGUUGCAGAUGCUCCCUGAGUGCACGCGAUGCGGAAAUGGGAUUGUGGGCACGAUCGUCAAAGCUCGGGACAAGCUGUACCACCCCGAGUGUUUCAUGUGUGACGACUGCGGCCUCAACCUGAAGCAGAGAGGGUAUUUCUUCAUUGAGGAGCAGCUGUACUGCGAGACGCACGCGAAGGAGAGGGUUAAGCCUCCUGAAGGAUAUGACGUCGUAGCUGUUUAUCCAAAUGCUAAAGUUGAACUUGUCUAAAUACAGUCGCUAUUCUUGGAGAGGUCACAAGGCGGCUCGGCCACCCACGGGCAGGCCGCUGGUUUUAAAAUAUGGCUGUAAUCAGCUCCGAUUACUAAAGCCCAAGUAAAAUGCCUUUUCAUAGAUAAAACCGUUUACACUUAGGAUCUCAAGGGGAUGGUGUUGAAAGCAUACGAACAGGUUUUUCUCUUCUUUUUGACACUCUGCUUUUUGGGUUGCUGUGUCAGAUUUAGUCUCUGCCAUAACCUUAUCCAAGAUCUGUGUAAAUAUUAAUUGAUUUUCUGUGUUGUUUCAUAUCAAAUCAGUAUUCCCUUUUUCCCCCUUUCAUUUUAAAAUGUAAGGAGGAUGGUUUUAAAAGCUCAAAGAAAAUAAGGCACUUUAACAAAAGAAUCUGACUUCUGUAUCAUUGCUUUAAUUUCGUACCUUCCACUAAUGCCUCGCUCUGUGGCUUCCAUGGUGAUUAAAAAUUAACACCAUGUGUAAUCUUAGUCUCUGCAACUCAGUAUUGUGGAUUGGGGCUCCUAAGCUGAUUCAGAUUUAGAUCUGAACAGACGUGACUGUGGCAAGCAAAAGUGGUCUUUUAAGAAGCAAUUGCAGUGAAGUUAUCUGGUUCAGUGGCACUGCAGUUUGAGGCUAAUGCUCUCUGACUUGAGCUCUCCAAAAGAGCUUCAUACUGGAGCAAAGAGCUUGCAAUAAGAUUUUUUCCUCCUUUUCUUUUUCUCCCUCUUCUAAUUGAGUUACUCUCCCUAGCAGUGUGUGCAAAGGACACCAGAGUAAUGUGGAGCCUGCACUGUUCUUCACCUCCUGAAUUUCUGACCUCUUUGUUCUCUUCCAGCAAGGGUGUCUUUGCUUUGUUCAUUGACCUAUCACCCAGCUUUUGUUAAAAUUUGGUUGUUUAAUUCUAGAUCUCCCAGGAUGGAGGUAGCCCUGCCAUGUGGGACUGACGUUACAGCUUGCAGAGAUAAUUUUUGACCUGGUAAAUCCAUCUGUAAGGCUCUGAGUCCAGAAUUGAUGGAUCCAGAUUUGUACCUGUGUCCCAAAGCUGAGCUAUUGCAAAAUAUGUUGUACACUUUAUUUGGUGGGGAAAAGUUUGUGGAUCUUGGGAUGUUCUAUUACGGAGAUACAUUUUUCAUUUUAGUGUUUGGAGGAUAUAUAUGUAUAUGUAUAUCUUAAAAAGUGUAGGCAGCCAACUACUAGAUGUGAAGUACUUGGCACUGGGCUGCUCCAUACCUUUCUUACAGCUGCAUGCUACGGUUUUCUGCCUGAUCACCACAGAUGCUAUCACAAGCCAUGUGCCUGGGCAGCACUAGGACCCUUUUGAAACAUCUUUAUUAACAGCGCUUUAUAAAUCAGAAACUUAGACACUAUUUUUCUUUAGAGAAGUAACUUCUGUGUUACUAUUUAUCUCCAUUUAAACCAUCAGCAGGAUAUUGCUGUAACAAAACCUCCAGUUAAUGCCCUGACAGUCAUCUGACCCUGGUGAAAUAGGUGGCAUUUGAAAUAAUAAAACCAGGCACAUUCCGCAGACACCUGGUGCAGGCGCUCCUUCUGCUCCCUUGGAGACCUGCAAGGCUGGCACUCCUUGCUUAGAAGAAAGGAAUUGUAGAAAUGCUUGAAGACAAAGAGAGAGAAAAAUCACCUUCUCUCUGUGUCAGAAAGCCAAAAGUUUAACUGCAUGUCGCCGUGGUUACUAUGUCAUGUUUAUGGCUCUGGUCUUUGCCUCGCAAUUAAAAGGAAGAAAGCAAGACCUCACACUUGGCAUUCCAGUAAACUCCUAGGAUCAUUUCGUUUCAUCCCCUUUGGGGGGAGAAUAGGCGUUGAUCACCUCUGAGAGAGGUCUGCACGGGGCCCAACUCUGCAGUACAGUUGUUUGCCAUUUAUUAACCUCAAAAUGCAAGUACUGCUGAUUAGAAUUGCUGCUUCUUUGCAGCAACAUCUUCCUCCCUGCUCCUUACCUGAGUAAAGGGAGGAGUAUUGUGAAGAAAAAGAAACGUGUCUGUGCCAACUUCGCCUUCUGUGGCAAGCAAACUCACCCACCAAGAGUUGAGGCAACUGGCCAGCUGCUCUUUCCCUUGCUGGCUCUCUGUGAAGGGGUCUGAGAUGUGUGGUACUGGAGGAGGGUUAAGGAAAAUUAUCCAGGGUGGUGCUGGACACAGAAUUUCUUCCUGCGGUUGCUGUACUACAGGAGGAGUAAGGAUCUAGGGUGUUACAGGACCACGCUUACACCACGUACUGUGGAGCCUUGCAGGGUUUUAAGCAGUUACUUCUGCCACCGAACUUUGCUUUGACCCUUCUUUUCUGUUAACGGUAUGGAGUCGAGGUCUGGCAGCCACGGGCAGGAGUCUCCCUCUUUCGAGCGUAGCUGCUGAUGGCCACCUGGAGCGGCUGGCCCAGGAGUGUGAAACGGGGUCACGGUACACUGAAAGCAAAAAAUAGCGUAGUGGAAGGAAAAGCUGUACACACCGUGGCCCUGGCACUGCAGGCUUUCCAGGGCCCGAAGGUCUAAGCAGCCUCGGGACACCCUGUGCUCAGCAGCCUUGCAGCAAAUCCACGGGGAAGCCGAGCACGUGCAGUGCCUGUCCAGCAGCGCCGCUAGCAGCGCAGCCGGGUAUUUCUCUGCAGCUGGGCCGAUGCUGGCUGUACGCAUCCUUGCUAGCAACAGAACAUGCGCUUCCAACUUUUUUGCCAUGCGUAUUUUUAAUUAUUACAGUACAGGAAACACAUGGAAAAUUGUAUCACACAGCUGAGCCUAGUUUUCCUUGUAUUUGCAUAGCCUUGCUCAGUGGAUUGGACCAUUUGAAUGGAAAUAUUUUGGACAACUGUAAAUGAUUUAAAGACUAACCAUAAUCAGGUAUGAAGUGUUACUGCCCCUUGUUUGCAGGCCUCUUCUUGGAGCUUAUUAGUUUGCAGCUGUCAUAAACAUGACAUGAUUCUGAUUUUCUGUAUUAAUCUCACAUGUUACUGGGCCAAGUUUAACUGAGUGUAACAUGUUUUAUGAAGUCAGCUCUCUCCUCACCCCAUUCUGAGGUUGUAGGCCAGCAAUGGGUAUUUUUGGUAAACAUCUCACCAUCGUUAAUGGUUGGCCUCUUCUGCAGGUUCACCGUAAAUAUUGCUUAUAGUUCAUUUCUGCUACCUUUAUGAUUUUUGCUCGCGAGUUCAUGCUCACUUUCUCUCGUGAGCUGGCAGCACAGCGUGUGAGCAGGACUUGAGCUGUAUGGCUUAACUGGUGCAAAGAUCUUGUGUAAAGUCACCCUUAGUGAGGCACCUCGCGUGUCUCUGCCUCUGUUUCCCUGCCUCUUAGAUCAAGGUAAAACUUUGAGGGUGUUGUGGAACUGAGUUCGUUCACAGCUGUGAAGUGUCUUCAUGCACUCCAAUGGAAAAGAAGUUAUUUGUACCAUUUUCUGUCUAGUACUAAAACUUAAAAUCUGUUUCCUGCAUUGGAAGAUGUUCCUCCAGGAAGCCAAUAUAAAAUACAGUCAAAUACUGAAGAUUAUGUAUGCCCUUUUGAUACGCUUGGCUCCAAGCAGAUGCAUUACAGCCUUCUGGUUCUCACAGGUGCUUUUUAGCUAUUAAGUCAAACAUCACCUUUCGACUAUUGCUUGUUUUUGUCCAUACUCGGACACAAGAAGGAGUGUUGACACGUGAUGUGAAGGUGAUCUCAUGUUACCUGGAAAUACAUAGGAAACCUUGCAGCCUUGACCCAAACCCAGGGUUUCUCAGCAGUGUUGAAUUCAUGAGUUCCAGCUCAGCUGAGCAAGAGAAAAUUCACUGCAAGAGUGGCCCUUCAGAUUUUUUUUUUCCCAAUUUGCCAUUGAAAGAACAGCAUAUUUGCCAGGUUAGGCCAUAUUUCGUUUCCUAUAGCUUUUGUCUUCUGUUCAGCUCCGUUGGGAGGCAGUUUCUCACGCUGCAGGUGUCCUGUGUGCGCGUCAGACGUGUCGUAACACUAGCACGAGGAACACCUUAGAAAUUCAUAAAUUGCUGCGUUGCCGCUGAGGCUUGAACAUAUAAAUCAAGCAGGCUGCUCUCUUAGGAAUCCUCGGCGGCCCAAUUCAGCCGUUUCAUAAAUACGAACGCUGGCGCGAGCUGGCCCGACGGAUUCAAGCGCACCUCUCUUAAUUUGAAAAUAAGUUCCCACAAAUCAAAUUUUCCGCACGGUUGUCUCUGGAUACUUUCUUAUGAGUAAUCAACUCAUUUGAUCCCCUGAGGAGCUUAAAAUGGAGCUGCCUCGCGCAAUAAUAUCCUGUGGCAAAUUGAUUUCUGGAUUUAUUCCAUGUCAUUUACAUUAUUUGUCCGGUAACACGUGACUAAGACCAGAGCGCUGUUCUGCCUGCCUUGCCAAGCUCGUGACAAGAGCGAACCCUGCAAAUAUUACCUAUUAACUCUACUAUUUAACACUGUAAAACAUCUGGAGGAUGCAGUUUGUAUGAAAUAUAAAAUAAAGUUGUAUUGUUGGUUUUA